GAAUAACAAAAAAAAAAGAAUUAAAAAAACCACCUAAGACAAGUCGGCCAGACAGCUCCGGCUUCCUCAUUUAUAUAUUGAGAUCCAAUCAUGAUGAGAACACGUGAUCACAGCAGAGACCCACAGACUGGAUGUGAUUGUGCAGGUUCAGGUCACAUGAUCACAGCAGAGACCCACAGACUGGAUGUGAUUGUGCAGGUUCAGGUCACAUGAUCACAGCAGAUGAGAGAGACACAUGGUGAGCAUGUUCACUACUGCACCUGUGUGCUGCACACUGACUGUGGCAACAGGAAGUUCUCAGGUGAACCAACUGAAUCCACUGUUUCCUGUGGUGAAGACACCCGUGUGUGUUGUGAGCAGGUGAGCUCGUCAGGUGUGAAGGAGGUUGUUGCUUCCUCUAAAGUCCUCCUUAACUCCGCCCACUCUCACCUCUACAGCGGGACAAUGCACGGCAAAGGGAACCCCUGUUGCUGCUCCUUCGAGGACUACAACCUGACCACCGAGUGGCUCCUGAACCAGACGAGUCACCGUCCGAAGGUUGCAGUGAUCUGCGGUUCAGGACUCGGUCUGUUGGCCGACGUAGCUGCCGACAAGCAGAUCAUCAGGUACCAGGAUAUCCCCAACUUCCCUGUCAGCACAGUCGCAGGUCAUGAAGGCUGUCUGGUGUUUGGGACGAUCGAGGACACUACCUGCGUCUUCAUGCAGGGUCACUUCCACCUGUAUGAAGGUUACUCCCUCUGCCAGGUGACGUUCCCCGUGCGGAUCUUUAAGCUGAUGGGGGUGGAGACGGUUCUGGUGACGAACGCCUCUGGAGGAAUCUGUCCUGACUUUAAAGUCGGUGACAUCAUGAUCAUCAAAGACCACAUCAACCUGCCGGGAUUCGCUGGACAACAUCCGCUGUGUGGACCCAACGACGAGCGGUUUGGGAUCAGGUUUCCCUGCAUGUCUGAUGCGUACAGUAAGGAUCUGAGGCGUCUGACUCUGGACGUGGUGUCUGAACUGGGCUGCAGUGAUUUCGUCAGAGAGGGAGUCUACUGCAUGGUGAGCGGGCCCAACUUCGAAACCAUCGCUGAGGCCAGAAUGCUGCGGAUCCUCGGCUGUGACUCUGUGGGUAUGAGUACAGUUCCUGAGGUGACGGUGGCGAAACACUGCGGACUCAGAGUUCUCGGUCUGUCCCUGAUCACCAACAAGGUGUCUCUGGACUACAGUCGGGAGGAGAAGGUGAACCAUGAGGAGGUUCUUCAGAUCAGUAAAAUGAGGACGGAGGUUCUGCAGAAACUCGCCACCAUGCUGAUCAGUCGCUGCCAGCAGCAGAGCAUCAACACACACUAACAACAUCAACGCAUGUUAACGUCAUGUUAGAGGAGUCUUCUCUUCUGUUAGUUCUGUUACUGUCAGAAUAAACUGUAGUUGUAACUUCCUGUUGUUGUGUUCCAGCUGUUAAACUGUAACUUCACAAUAAAGUUUCUUUUAAUGA